AUGCGUUGUGGUUGGGUGUUGCUGUCUCUGGCUACAGUAAUCUCGGCCCAUCAAUGUUCGUACAAGCCCCCAGGACAGGGCGAUGUUAUAGUAAGUCGGCGUGAAGCCAGAGCCAUCAGACGCCCCAGAAGCGUGCCGGACAAGUUCCACAUUCACACAGUGUUCGACCACUCGGUUACGGAAGACUUGUCCCAAAACUUGUCAUCCCAUGUCAAGGUGAAUAUAAAUUUUAUUUACGCUUUGAUCUUAUUAUGGGACAGAAUCUUGAUCUUCCUCACGAUAGUACCAUGAAGAAUCUAUUUUAGUUUACAUCCAUAUAUACAUAAUAGUAUAGAAAGGUUUAGUUGUAAGGCUUUUUUUUAAAAUUAUUUUUGAUUAUAUUAUGAGUGCCACUUUGAUUUUAAUAAACUGACGUGCCUGUGAUUAAUGAUACCCAUUCCAGAAUUUCCUCAUCCCUCACGCCAUCGAGUACUGGACACGGAAUUUGAGAUUGAAAGGCGGAGGAAUAAAUGGGAUUACGCUGGAAAGGUGGGUUGUUGUUGUUGUUUAAUUAUGCAUUGCAGGGGGUGCAUAGCGAGAAGCGAGUAUCCCUGGGGAAAUCGACGUGUCUGCUCGUUAGGAUGUUUACCUGAGACCAAAUGUGGAGAGGCGGUCAUUCCAGAACAACACCUCUACGUAAGUGAUUCCGUGAAAUCUGUGCAAGUUUAGUACUUUAACGCAUCUACUGCAAUAUCAGCUGUUGUACUUCCAAACAUCCUAAUAAAAGAUGGCAAUAACUCCAUAUGACAUCCUAGUUUCAUAAUAUAGUAAAUAUUUGCAGCCAUGUUUGAGCAGAAAACUGUUGAUUAACACAUCACCGGCCAAACAUGUCAUGACCAACUUCAUACUGUAUAUCACUGCCUUGAACUCGACUAGAUGCAAUGACAUGGCCACAGUUUCAUACGCAGUGCAUUGUCAGCAAGAUGCCACCAAAAGGUGAGUUAACUUUUGAAGAUUAUAUUGUGAAUCCGAAUAUAUUUUCAUGUACACUCAACUAUUUACUUUUUAAAAUUUUUAAAAAUUAAAAAAAUAUUUUUAGACCUAUAGCCGGCAAUGUGAAUAUCUGUCCUGCAUCUUUGUCAACUCGACCACACGACCAGGAGCUUUUAAUCUCGACUAUCAAACACGAAAUUGCACAUGCAUUGGUGUUUUCCGAUGCCUUAUUCAAAGAUUUUCCCAAAGUAAGUGACGUUAUCAAUGACAUGAAUAGAACAAACCAAUCGUUUCUGUUUGUUUAUUAUGACAAUAGUGAAACUAAUAACUUUUAAAACUACCUAAAUAAAUCGUUCCAGAAUCCCAUCAAGACCAUAAAGAGAGAUUGGCCCAUGAAGAACGGUCACGUUGUGCAACGACGCCAUCACGUCAUAGCGUCACCUAAGGUCGCGGAAGAAGUUCAACGUCAUUUCAACUGCAGUGAUCUUAUUGGAGCUGAGCUUGAAGAUCAAGGAGGCUACGGUACGUCGAUGGUGCACUGGGAGAAGCGGAUCUUUGAAAACGAAGCCAUGACUGGCACUCACACCCAGAACCCUGUCUACAGCAGGAUCACGUUGGCGUUGUUCGAAGACAGUGGAUGGUAUGAAGUGUCGUACGAGUAAGUGAGCACACAAUUUAUUAAAGUGCAUAUACAAUAUCAUUAUAUUCAUAUGGGAUUUCAAUAACAGCAUCAGCUUAACUAUGAUAUACGUUCACAUUACAGAUCAUCUGAGCCGUUUAUGUACGGUAGAAACCUUGGCUGCGACUUCGUACAGCUGACUUGCGGGGAAUGGAUACGAACACGGAGAGAACAGUAGGUUUUGGUCAGAUUGUAAUGUCAGCGGAUGAUAGAGUCUGAUAGCAGAUGAUAUUUGCAGAGGAUUCUCGAUAAUGCCAUUCUGUCAGGACCCUAAACAUGACGGCACCAAGUCGCUGGCCGUAACGAGCUGCACCAGCGAGCGUAAUGCUCUUUCCUUCUGCAAUCUGGUGCCCUACGAAGACGAGUUAGUAUCAUAUUACCAGUACUUUGACCACCUCAAGGGCAUACCUGAUGAAAGGGUACCACUGUAUGGUGGGUCAGUGGAACUGGCAGACUUCUGUCCCUUCUUCCAAGCCUUCACCUGGAGGGAUCCAGCAGCUACACAGCCCCUGUUCAGAGAUUCCAGAUGCUCACUAGACAUAAACACCCCCUCCGUAGCCAACAACCCCAUAAUGGAGGUGUACGGUAACGCCUCCAAGUGCUUCGAUUUGCUUAUUACUUGGACUGAAAGGAAAUGUGGCAGAGUAAAGACUUUCUCUCAGAACCUAGCUGGAUGCUACAAAGUAAGGGAAUUAUACUCAAAAUAGUUGUUUUAAUAUACACACUAGCAAUCGAAAGUCUUUUCUAUAGUAAUAUUCAAAUUUUAGUACAAAUGUGAAGAAGGCAGAUUACACGUCGGAGUAGCUAAUAGUAAUGCGUAUUAUCCGUGUUAUCACCAAGGUCAACAUGUACACGUAAACCAAGUGAGUGUCAACAUUGUAAAACGUAAAAUAUCGUUCGAACACGUUGAACUUUCAACCAUCAUCGUUUUGAACUUUAUAAUCGAGCAAAUCUACUUUAAUAUUAACAUUGCAGAUAGUAAACGGGUGGCUGCGACAAGGCAUUCUACUGUGUCCAUCGUGCGCUGAAGUCUGUGAACCAGAAGAAGAAGCCGGCUUCUGUGUCGAGGAUCGAGAGCCACCUCAUCAGUUCAUCGGCGACGAACCUUUGGCCGAGCCUUGUUCAGCUUGCAGUUUUUGUGAACGGGUCCUUAUGAUAAUGUCCUUCAUUUUUGUUUUAACUCACAUACCGGUUGUCUAG